GCGCUUUUUUUCAUAAUAAAUCUUAUUAUUAUUAUUAUUAUUAUUGUGUGUUGAUUCGCAUCCAAUUGGCAUUUUACGUGCAAGUCCAAUCGGAUUCCAAUACGACGACCGACAGCAUGUUCAACUCCAAUAUACCGGCCGCGGCGCUGCUGAGCAUCGAGGGCAGCGGCCCGGGCGGCCACACGCCCAAAACUCCAGAGAUCCUCAACUCGGUAAUCGCGAUGACAAAUCCAUUGGACAACUUCAACUUCAACGUGGCGAACAGCUGCAGCCAGUUGUCCGGCCCCUACGUCUCCACGCGCAACUUGUGCGGCGCUGCCAAUGGACAGUCGCAGGCGCAGUCGCAGUCGCACUCCCAGGAUAGCAGUCAUUCCAGUUGCUCGGCUUCGCCGCUCGAUUCGCCAGCGGGCGCGGCGACCACGCCCAGUGUGCAACAGACCUGUUCGCAGCUGAUCAAAGCGGGCCUGAAGCUGUCCAUUCAAAGCAAACGCAAACUGUCCACCUGUGACUCCAGCUCCGGCUCAGAGCAGCCCAACUCGAAGUGCUCGCGCCGCGACGAAGACUGCGAGGAGUCGAGCGAUGAGGACAGCGAAACAAAGUCCGUGCCGAAGGGCCUAACGCCCGAGGACGAGGAUCGUCGGCGACGACGACGCGAGCGCAACAAAAUCGCCGCCACCAAAUGCCGCAUGAAGAAGCGCGAACGCACCCAAAACCUGAUCAAAGAGUCCGAGGUGCUGGACACCCAAAACGUUGAGCUGAAGAAUCAGGUGCGCAUCCUCGAAACGGACCGCCAGCGCCUGCUCGAGAUGCUGCGCGAUCAUACGCCGGGCUGCGUCAAGCGCGGCGGCUGCCAGCUGCCCACCAAGCUGCUGCAAUCGCCGGCCUACAAGUAUCUCGCCGAACUGAAGCUGGAUGGCCUGCUCAAUGGCGAUGCGAGCAGCAGCAGCACGGCCAACACGCCCACCCAGCAGCAGCAGCAGCAACAGCAGCAACAGCAGCAGCAGCAGCAGCAGCAGCAGCGCAUGCAGAGCAUACCAUCCAUGUCUACGUUCAAUUUUGGCAGCAAAACGCCAGCGGCUAUGGCCGCAGUAGCUGCUGCACAGGCGCAGCAGUUGCAGCAGCAGCAGCAGCAGCAGCAGCAAUUGCCGAACGGCUAUUGCAAGCCCUCGCCCUCGCCGCAGGAGUUCGAGCAUGCUGGCUACCUAAGCUCACCCACGCAAGAGGCGCUCUGCCUGCCCCAGCAGCCGCAGCAGCAGCAGCAGCAGCAAGUCUCACUCAAUCCCGCCAGCAACAGCAGCAGCAAUGCCGAUAGCCUGGUGGUCAGCCAGCAGGUCUCGGACUAUGUGCCCAAUUGUGAGGGCCUCAGUUUGGGCCUGGGCCUGUCCGCCGUGGCCGUAGCCAUCACCACGCCCACCAACAGCAGCAGCAGCAAUAGCAGUCUGAGCAGCAACAGCAACAACAACAACAACAACAACAACAAUAACAACAACAGCAACAGCAGCAACAACAACAACAGCAACAACAACAGCACAGCAGCAGCAGCCGUCACAACGCUGCCGCCCGCGACCACGCCCACCAGCGCCAUAGAAUUCGUGAAGAAUGAGCUAAUUGACUCGCAGGGUCCCUACAUCACGGCGCUGAGCGCCCAGCGCUUCCUGUUCGAGCCGGACGGCUUUCCGGACAUCAAGCACGCGGUCAGCGUCCAUCCCACGAGCCUGAACAACAUGACCAGCGUGGCCAGCCUGGCCGCCCACAACAACAACAAUCACCAUCUGAUGGACUUUCACAAUGGCCUGCCGCAUGCCGUCGGCGGCAUCAUGACGCCCUGCUACGAGGACGAGCAGUUUCUGGUCAUGAAGAACAGCGCGUUCCCCAGCGAUCUGCUCUCGCAUCUGCCGGACGACGAAGUUGACUUCGUUGACUUGGAUACGGGCUCCGCCAAUUUCAUGACCAAUGGCGGUUGCCUGGCGUGAGAUCGGGCCCAACAGGCUGCCGAUCAUGAGCUGUUGCUGGCGUACGAUCAGGAGCUGCAGCUGGAUGGGCAACAGCAGCAGCAGCAGCAACGGC